GGCUUGGUAAAGUUAUAUAGUGGGGCUGCAGUGUAAAUGACUGGAACUCUUUCGUAGUGGAGGUAGGAACGAAUUAUUUACAGAAGAGACAGAAGAGAUCAGAAACACAAAAAUGGAGAAAGACGUCGAUGUCCUUGGGAAAUACAGAGCAGUAACAAAUAAACUGAAAAAGCGCUUCCUAAAAAGACCUAAUGUAGCAGAGGGUAUAGAACAAUAUGCUGCACUUGCCAAAUGUUUAAAGCAACAAGAUUGUCCACAGUAUGCAGGGUUUUGCUGUUUAGCACAAGCAAGAUGUGAGCAUACCCUGGUGAACGCAGCCGGAGAGGCACAGGCCUUGACAUCAGCUGCACGGGCAUUUCUGGAUGCCGAACUGGCCAACCGUGAAAUGAAAUGUCCUAGCUUUGAGGAACACCUCACUGCAGCCAUAAACUGCUUCAGUCAUGCUAUAAGGGUUUAUAUAGAAAAUAAUCAUAUCUCCUUGGCUGCAGCUCUCUCUAUAGAACUAGGGAAUGCAUUGAAGAACCUAAACAAACCUGGUGAAGCAAUGUCACAUUUCCAGAGAGCAGCAGAGCUUCAGUCCCAGAGUCCAUUGGAAUGUUUACACUCCCUCGGAUCCGUUGCCUCAUGUAAAAUAGAAACGAAAGAUUAUGAUGGUGCCCUUGGGGUUUUAACAGAAAUGGCCUAUCUUGCUCAGGAAAGGGGUGGGUCCUCCACGACUGGGAAGCCUAUCGGAGCUUACUGUGACAUCCUGGCACGUUGUGAGAUCACAAGAGUCCUCCUAUUGAUGCUGUUACAGCCCACUCCACAAAGGAUAAGACCCGAGCAUGCCCAGACACUGGAGAAAUACGCCUGGGAAUCCACGGACGACCACGCCACAGCCCAAUUUCUCUCAGAAGAUUUAUUUCUGAUGAUGCAAUCAGUUGUGAUGGCUUGUCAGUCCCAAGACUUUAUUUCUCUUCGUGCUUUACAGACAGAGUUAUGGCCCCUUCUGACGGGAGAACAAAAUGAACUGUUAUUUCAGAUCAUUAAGGAGCUGACACAUCCCUCAGGGGAAGGAGUGUGAUCAUUUCGAGAUUGGCUGUAUUAACUCUGAUCUGAUCUUUGAAUCUUGAUAAGAUAUUGAAAAUGAAAUAAUUGAUAAUUCAUUUUAAAAUGCUUUAUAUGUUGAUUACUGGGGAUCAUUCCAGUUAAGCAUGAUAAGGGGUUCAGGAAGGGAAGUAUGAAGGGAAUCAAUAACAUCAUUAGCUCUACACACAUCUACAAAAGUAUACAUCCCAGUUGUCUCCCCUGAAUAUGAGGUCAUGUUGUCAAUUGAUCUCAAAUUGUUUUUCUCAUUUAAUAUAUGGCUUAUGGAUAUAUGAAGAUGGUCCCCCAGAAAACCAAGAACUUUUUUGGGCAACACCCAUAUUUUAGAUCAUUUGAAGAUUCUUACUCUUUGAAUUAAAGAGGUUGCAUUUAAUUUACUUAAAGACCUCUAAUCAUCAUGGAAAUAAAAGAUUAAUUAUUAGCUGCAAUGUCCUUACAAGUGACAUAGAUAUUGUCAAACAGUCCUAGCUUUAUAUAAUGUAUUGUCCUAAAGUGCUAUUUCCUCAUAAGAUAAAUGAAUGUUUUAGAGGAUAGUUUUGUCUUGCAAUAUCUUUUGUCUAAAAGUGCUAUGUUUUUGUUAUUAAGUGGAACACUAAAUACAGAUAGAUUGCUACUAGUAUUAUUUCUUCUUUGUACUAGAUAUUAUAAUUAAUAUGUUUGUCUCGACAUUAGAUGUAGAAAAAGGGAAGCUUCAUGGAAUAAAUUAUCCAUUUUAAAACCAGUAUUUUGUCACUGAUCAUAAUAACUUCAACUUCAUAUUGAGAGGUCCAACAUUUUACACAUUCCUACAAGAUAUUUACACCGAAUUUAAAUUAAAAUGAAAAGAGAGAGAGAGAGAGGAUAAAAGCUUUAAGGAGCAUGAGAUUACCAGGCUAGGCGGUAAUGAUUUGUGGGCGUUGUGCAAUACGUGUUGGAAAGGUCAUGUUUUGUGUAAAUGUUGUAUGUGAUUAUAGCUCCCGGAUUUGUAUUUUGGAAUAUUUAAUAUAGAGCCAUGUUGUCUGAAAAUAGGUCAACACUGUAAAGAUCUUCUCGAAUAAAAUUUAUUUGUAUUCACCAAGA